AUGAGCAUAUCCAUACUCAUUAUGAGUUGGUUGACUAAAUUUACAAUGUUCUUGAACACUGAAAAAGCUUUUCAAACCAAAAUACAAAUUCUUCGAUCGAAGGAAUUGUAUUAACUCUUUCGCUGCCGCCGAUGGCCUUGGAUGAAAGUGUGAAGAAAAAGAUCUCCGUGAUUUUUUGCGAAUGGAGUGCAAGAAACGUAAUUGUGACUUGAAGUUUGAGAAAGAGGCGAUCUGUUGCUGAAAUCCCAACUGGAGAUGGCGACGAGUCUUGCUCUCAUCACUUGUUUGUAUUUCGCUUCUCUCUACAUCCACCUCUCAUAUUCCUCUCCUUCUCGACUACCCAUUGGAAUCCACCCUCUAGACGAGAAGUACUACGAUGCGGAGCUGAUCAAAUGCAAAGAUGGGUCGAAAUCUUUCACCAGAGACCGUCUCAACGACAAUUUCUGUGAUUGCGCCGACGGCACUGAUGAGCCCGGAACUUCUGCAUGUCCAGCUGGCAGAUUCUACUGCAGAAAUACGGGAAGUACACCAGCUUUCUUGUUUUCUUCUCGUGUGAAUGAUCGCAUUUGUGACUGCUGUGAUGGAAGUGACGAAUAUGGCGGAACUGUCAUUUGUCCUAACACUUGUAUCAUGGGUGGGAAUAUUCUCUAUCAGAGAACAAAUUAUGACUCGACAACCAGUAAUCUGGAUUCUCGUAAUUCAAGAAAAACUAAAUCUGGGAUUAAGAUGGAGGACUCAGUACAGAAACUUAGAGGUUGAAGGCUUUGAUCUAUGUCCAGGUGUUUCUUGUGAUUGUUGCUGUGGCUUUCCUACUAUAUCGCCGGCGAAAGACUAGAAGAAGAAAUUCACGAUGAACAGGUUUGUCAUUUUACCUUCUUUCGAUCAUGAUAUAUUGACAUCUACCUUCCCCUUUGAAAUUUAUUCCUGCAGAACAAUUUUACCCCUCUGGUUUUGCUUCAUCUCUUUUCAUAUAUGUAUAUUUCCCUUUAUGUGACCAACACAUGGUGCAACCCUUUUUAGAAAAUUGACAUGAUGCUGCUCAAGCUCCAAAACUUGACCAUAGACUCCUGCAAGGCAAACUUGUUAGUCUGAAAAACAGUUUCUGGGAGUGCUAAAUCCAUAUAGUUUGUUCACCGUGAAGUAUCACAAGUUUCAUUCUUUCUCAGUCUUAAAUUAUAUUCAGAAUACAAUAUUCUUGGUGAUGGUGGAUGAGCAUUUUUUCAUCUGAGCUGAGUGUAUCCAGCAGUCAAGAAGUUACGCACACCGUACACUUAUAAGACCUCCAAGAGUUGGUUGCCCUUGAUAUUAUCUGGCCACAGGUUUCAUUUCCUCUGAUUUUGUAUCCUUAGAGUCAGAUGUUCAGUUAAUAAUUAGAGUUGUGGAGCUGAUCGUUCAGAAGAUAGCUAUAGUGCUUUGGUUGCUGAAAUGAUUGAAGCUUAGAAUGUCGGAGGUUUUUUAAGUCAGUUAUAGAUAACGAACUCUCUGAAAUUGACAGUGAAGUUUUUUCUGCAUAUUGUUAUAUCCAUCUUUAUGUUUUGAUUUGAAAUGAUCUCUUUACCCUGGUAGU